AAAGGCCAAUGUAGAGAAAAGAAGAAAGAGGAUUUCAUCCAAAUUGUCUCUUUCAUAUUUUCCAACCUUUCUUCUCUUCUCUCCAUUCCUUAUCCUUUGGAACUUGGAAGGACUAUAUUUUCCUAUGCAAUCCAAAAUUAUAUAUCUGUGGAUAAGAUUUUCAAUAUAACAAAUUGUCUCAACUCAUUUAUUCUCUGAUAGUAUAAGAAACCAACAAGUUGCAGUAGUACCGCAUGCAAAUAAAUCUCUCGGAUAAAGGAAAUUACAUGGAUGAUUUUGGAAAAGAAAAGCGAAACUGUGAAACAUAUCACAAGAAGUCGGGCAUGAGGACCCUUAUCAGAAAAGAGUGGCUGCAUGCAUCACCAAUCAAGGAAAAAGAUCUAGACGAUAAGAUGCCACUGCGACCAACACCUGAAUCUGUCCUCUGCACCUUUUGUGUGAAUGGUAAUAGCUGUAGAACUGUUCGCUCAAGAACAAAACUGAUGAACACUGUUUUAGAAAGAGGGAGGCCCAAAGAAGCCGAGCUGAUCUUUGAUAGUUUGAUUAAAGGAGGGCAUAAACCAUCUCUAAUUACAUACACUACCCUCUUAGCGGCCUUGACAGCCCAGAAGCGUUUCAAUCACAUCCAUUCCAUUAUAUCUGAAGUGCAAGAAAAUGGUAUGAAUCCAGAUCCAGUUUUCUUCAAUGCUGUUGUUAAUGCUUUUUCUGAAUCUGGAAACAUGGAGGAAGCAAUGAAAGCCUUCUUACAGAUGAUGGAGAGUGGGAUAAAGCCUGCAAUCAGCACUUUUAACACUUUGAUCAAAGGGUAUGGAAUUGCUGGAAAGCCUGAAGAAUCUAUAAAGAUAAUGGAGUUAAUGUCGCAGGAAGUUAAUGUGAAACCAAAUCUGAGGACAUACAAUGUACUUGUUAAAGCAUGGUGUAACAAAAAGAAUUUUGCUGAUGCAUGGAAUACGGUGGAUAAGAUGAUAGCUUGUGGUUUACGACCGGAUGUUAUCACUUACAAUACGAUAGCAGCAGCUUAUAGUCAAAAUCAUCAAACUGAAAAGGCGGAAAGAGUGAUUUUAGAAAUGCAAAGGAACAAUGUGCACCCUAACGAAAGGACUUGUGGCAUCAUUAUAUCUGGAUACUGUAAAGAAGGUAAAAUAAAGGACGCCUUGAGGUUUGUGUACAAGAUGAAGGAUCUUGGAAUACAUCCUAACCUUGUCAUUUUCAAUUCACUGAUCAAAGGCUUCCUUGACAUGUCAGACGGAGACAGCGUUGAUGAGGUUCUUACAUUAAUGGAAGAGUUCUGCGUCAAACCUGAUGUCAUUACUUUCAGCACCAUCAUGAAUGCCUGGGGUGCUGCAGGAUAUAUGGCUAAGUGCAGGGAGGUCUUCGAUGACAUGGUCGAAGCUGGCAUUCAGCCUGAUGUCCACGCGUAUAGCAUUUUGGCCAAGGGUUACGUUCGUGCAAUGGAACCAGAAAAAGCAGAAGAAGUCCUGAAUACCAUGGUUAAAUCUGGGAACCUUCCAAAUGUUGUGAUUUUCACUACUGUAAUUAGUGGAUGGUGCACUGCUGGUAGAAUGGAUUGUGCAAUGAGGAUCUUCGAGAGGAUGUGUGAGUGUGGGAUAUCUCCUAAUCUGAAAGCUUUUGAAACUCUGAUAUGGGGUUAUGCAGAAAAUAAAAAGCCUCGGGAAGCGCAAGAGGUAAUCCAAAUCAUGGAAAAAUUCAACAUUCAACCAGAGGAAAGCACUUAUAUGCUUGUUGCAGAAGCCUGUCGUGGUGUCGGAUUAGCUGAGGCAGCAAAUGGAGUGGCUAACUCAGUUGAAAAGCAAAACUUGACUAGUAAAUUUGAUAUGGAAGGCGAGACAGAAGUGGAGAACUUGGAAAAAGUCUACCAGAAGGAUGCUCUCCAUCACUUUUAUCCCAAAUUGUUGCAGAUUCCCAAUGAACUAAUUAAUGAACCAAAGGGAUCAGUAAGUGCAGCCAAAAGAAGUCGUAUGGUGCUAAGGGAAGCUGAAUUUUCAUCUGAUACUUUGUCUGCUGCGACAAGAUCAUUGCAUAUUAGCUGUAAACUUGGAAUGCGGGCUCCUGUUGUUUGCCAGAGACAAUUUCAAGUGCAGCUUUGUGCAUCUGGUCAGGUUGGACACUCAUCUACAGUUGUUUUCUUGAACUGAAGAGAAAAAAGUGGUUGUGAUUAGUGCACCUGAAUGCAGCUGGAUGUGAAAGUAAUGUGAUUAGAGUCUUGUACAUAUAAAGAGUGACUUCAAAUUGCUGCUCUCUCCAACUACAUCUGUAUCCGCAGGUUGUGUAAAGCUUUACUGAUCAUUUAAAUCAAAUUUCUCCUUCAUUGUAUCUGCAUACUGUGCAGCUUCAGUUGGGUAUAUGCAAAGCCCACUUUGUAAAUGCACUGGUCUGAUCCUCAGUACUUUUACCUCUAUGAAUGAUUCAAUGUAACUGGCAACUUUAUGUAGUUUGAAGCUUUGCUGAAAAAUAUGGCUUUAAUUUUC